UGUUUAUUUACUUACAUAGUAGGUAUUUUGAAAAAUUUCUAAAUUAUGGCUGGAAAAACGGAAAAGAAGGUAGGUAGUCAAAUUUCUAACAGAAAUUAUUGCAAGAGAGUAUCCCAAGAACAAAAAAUUGCUUUGGUGGAAUUUUUGGAAAAACAUCGUGGUGUUAUUAUAAGCGCAGAAAAUACAUUAUUUAACAGUGAAGCUUCAAAUGAAAAAUGGGAAGAAAUCACCAAAACACUCAAUAGAUAUACAGAAGGAGCAUAUAAAAACUCGUCACAAUGGAAGCGCUGCUGGCUUGAUAUGAGAAAGCAAGUUCGUAAAAAGAUUGCAAGUGUAAAUUUCAAAGAAAAAAACCAUCUUCUGCUCGCUAAUCAUGAAAUAGUUACUGCUUUAGAUGAAAGAAUUAUAAACCUUAUGAGAAAACCAUCUAACAAAACUAGAAACAAUUUAAAUGAAAUAUGUAAUCUUAAGGAUUCUGUUAUUUGCGAUUCUAUUAAAAGGGAGAGCAGUGAGGAUGAAGAAAAAACAUGUCACUCUGUUUCAACUUUGAGUGACGCUAUAUCAGAUAAGAGUGAACUCUAUUUUAGUGACAUUAAAAAAGAAAAAGAUGAACAAGUAUUUUACAAAGAAUUUCCGAACAGCCAAUCGGAGAAAACAAGGCGCAAUAAAAGACUUGCAGGUAAAAUAUCUGCCAGCGUGAAUGAAGAAGAUCAAGAUUUUUUGAAAAUGAGAUUAGCUAUUGAAAAAGAUAGGGUACGAGCUCUAACGGAUAUUUCGUGUUCAAUUCGCUAUCUUGCUGAUGUUAUUCAGUCGGUCAUGACAAGUGAUAAAGUUCGAAAUAGUUAAUAAAAGAUAAUCUUCUCAUAAUAUCUUAUUUCUGUAUCUUAUUUUUGUUUUUAUGUGCAAA